AUGUGGGUGUGGCCAUUCAGCAGAAAAGGAGGUUCUGGGUUUUCCUCAUCUUCUACUGCAGAGGAAGUUACUCAUGGAAUAGAUGGGACUUACCUCACUGCUAUUGUCACAGGAGCAUCAAGUGGUAUUGGUGCUGAAACUGCUCGUGUUCUUGCUUUGCGUGGUGUGCAUGUGAUUAUGGGGGUGAUAGAUAUGAUUGGUGCAAAUAAUGUUAAGGAAGCAAUUCUUAAACAGAUUCCCACUGCCAAAGUUGAUAUCAUGGAGUUGGAUCUUAGUUCAAUGGAAUCCGUUAGAAAUUUCGCAGCAAAGUUCAAUUCAUCUGGUCUUCCAUUGAAUAUUUUGAUGUAA